AUUCGGCUCUCAGUUAUGGGGUGGUCGUCGACUGCGGGAGCAGUGGGUCCCGAGUCUUCGUCUACUUCUGGCCCCCGCACAAUGGGAACCCCCACGACCUGCUAGACAUCAAGCAGAUGAGGGACCGGAGCAGCCGCCCUGUGGUCAAGAAAAUUAAACCAGCCUCCAUCGCCAUGGCGGGCAUCUCCGUGGCGGCAGCAGCCCCGGAGCAAGCUACGCCCUACCUGCGCCCUCUGCUUCAGUUCGCGGCAGCCCACAUCCCAGCUCAGAAGCAUAAGGAAACUCCGCUUUACAUCCUGUGCACCGCGGGCAUGCGGCUGCUGCCUGAGAGGCGGCAAGCUGCAAUCCUGGAGGACUUGGUGAGAAACGUGCCCCUGGAGUUUGAUUUCCUCUUCUCCAAAUCACAUGCAGAAGUGAUCUCAGGGAAACAAGAAGGUGUCUAUGCUUGGAUCGGCAUCAACUUUGUCCUGGGCCGGUUUGAUCACGAGGAUGAGGAGGAUGCGGUGGUCACCGUAGCGCUGGGGGACCAGGGAGAUUCCCUGGUUCGGAAACGAACGGUUGGGAUCCUAGACAUGGGGGGCGCCUCCCUGCAGAUCGCCUACGAAGUGCCCGACUCUGGAGCCUUCUCCUCCCCACAGCAGGCGGAAGCUGCUAAGAGCCUGCUGGCAGAAUUCAAUCUGGGCUGUGAUGUGCAGCACACUGGCCACGUGUACCGUGUCUACGUCAACACCUUCCUGGGCUUCGGGGGCAACUUUGCCCGACAGCGCUAUGAGGAACUUGUGCUGAACCAGACCUAUGUGCACAACCGCCUGCACGGCCAGCAGACAGGGCUGAGCCCUGAGAUGCCCUUCCUGGACCCCUGCCUGCCUGCAGGGCUGGAGGACACGGUGGCAAGGGGUGGCCAAACCCUGUAUGUACGGGGGCAUGGGGACUGGCUGGCCUGUGCAGAGCUGCUGCAGCCCCUCCUGGCCGGGCCCAACAGCAGUCAAGCCUCCCUGGUAGGGGCCUACAAAGCACCCAUCGACUUCAGCAACAGCGAAUUUUAUGGCUUCUCUGAAUUCUUCUACUGCACUGAGGAUGUGCUGCGCCUGGGGGGCCACUACAGUGCCCCCACCUUCACUGCUGCUGCCCAGGAAUACUGCAGCCAGCGAUGGGAGGUGCUGACACAGCGCUUCCGUGGCGGCCUUUACUCGGCACACGCUGACCAGCACCGGCUGAAGUACCAGUGCUUCAAGUCAGCUUGGAUGUACCAAGUCCUUCACGAGGGCUUCCGCUUCCCCCUGGACUACCCCAGCCUGCGCACAGCCCAGCUGGUGUAUGACCGGGAGGUGCAGUGGACGCUGGGAGCCAUCCUCUACAAGACGCGGUUUCUGCCACUCAGGGAUCUCCGGCAGGAGAGCAUCCGGCAAGCACACGCCUCCUGGCUGCGCCUCUCUUUUGUCUACAACCACUAUCUCUUCUUUGCCUGCAUCCUGGUUGUAGUGCUGGCCAUAGUUCUCUACCUCCUGCGGCUGCGCCGCAUCCACCGCCGGCAGCUGCGCUUGGCCCAGCUCACCCUGCUCUGGCUGGACAAGGUGGUGGUGCCGCCGGCCCAAGGGACUGGGCCAUGACACCAGUGGUAC